AUGGCCGCGCUUACUCGUAAUCCGCAGUUCCAGAAGCUGCAGCAGUGGCACCAAGAGCACGGCUCCGAGCUCAGCCUGCGCCACCUCUUCGACUCGGACAAGGAGGGAGGUGUUCCGGAGGGUCCCGGGGCGGGCUCGGAUACCUGCCCUUCUAGGGGACCCCAGGUCACCAGCGGGGGCCCGCGCACACACCGCGAAGCCGCAGAUGCCUCCCGCCCCGCUGGAAGCAGCAGCAGGACUGCAGCUCUUUGUUGCUCGCCCACCGGAAACGCCCGGCAGGCGAGCGGGGCGGCGGCAGAGGACGGCGAUGGCGGCCUGGAGAGGUUCUGCAGCCCGGGCAAGGGACGGGGGCUGCGGGCCCUCCGGCCCUUCCACGUGGGGGACUUGCUCUUCUCCUGUCCGGCCUACGCCUACGUGCUCACGGUUAACGAGCGGGGCAACCACUGCGAGUACUGCUUCUCCAGGAAAGAAGGAUUGUCCAAGUGUGGAAGAUGCAAGCAGGCAUUUUACUGCAAUGUGGAGUGUCAGAAAGAAGAUUGGUCCAUGCACAAGUUGGAGUGCUCCCCCAUGGUUGUUUUCGGGGAAAACUGGAAUCCCUCAGAGACUGUCAGGCUAACAGCAAGGAUUCUGGCCAAACAGAAAAUCCACCCCCCAGAGAGGACACCAUCAGAGAAAUUGUUAGCUGUGAAGGAGUUUGAAUCACAUCUGGAUAAGCUAGACAAUGAGAAGAAAGACUUGAUCCAGAGUGACAUUGCUGCUCUCCGUCACUUUUAUUCUAAGCACCUGGAGUUCCCUGGCACUGAGAGCCUGGAAGUCCUCUUUGCACAGGUUAACUGUAACGGCUUCACAAUUGAGGAUGAAGAACUUUCUCAUUUGGGUUCAGCAAUAUUUCCUGAUGUUGCACUGAUGAAUCAUAGCUGUUGCCCCAACGUGAUAGUAACUUACAAGGGGACGCUGGCAGAAGUAAGAGCUGUACAGGAAAUCAACCCGGGAGAUGAGGUAUUUACCAGCUACAUUGACCUCCUGUAUCCAACCGAGGACAGGAACGACCGGCUCAGAGAUUCUUACUUCUUUACCUGUGAGUGUCAGGAGUGCACCACCAAACACAAGGAUGAGGCCAAGGUGGAAAUCCGGAAGCUCACAGAUCCCCCAAAGGCAGAAGCCGUCCGUGACAUGGUCAGAUACGCACGCAAUGUCAUUGAGGAAUUCCGGAGAGCCAAGCACUACAAAUCCCCUAGUGAGCUGCUGGAGAUCUGCGAGCUCAGCCAGGAGAAGAUGAGUUCUGUGUUCGAAGACAGUAACGUGUAUAUGCUGCACAUGAUGUACCAGGCCAUGGGUGUCUGCUUGUACAUGCAGGACUGGGAAGGAGCCCUGCGCUAUGGACAGAAAAUUAUUAAGCCCUACAGUAAACAUUAUCCUUUGUACUCCCUCAAUGUGGCCUCCAUGUGGUUGAAGCUUGGCAGGCUGUACAUGGGCUUGGAAAACAAAGCUGCAGGCGAGAAAGCUUUGAAGAAGGCCAUUGCCAUCAUGGAAGUGGCUCACGGCAAAGAUCACCCAUACAUAUCUGAGAUCAAACAGGAAAUUGAAAGCCACUGAAACUAUGCAGCAUCUUAGUUUUUAUUUUAAUACACGUGCAGAACCUUAAUAUUUUUGAAUAUUUAAAAUCCCAACCCUGCAACCCAGCAGUUCUGCUGAACAAAAAAUUGGAAUGAAAAUACUAUCUGCACGUAAACCUUGCCCAUUGCUUCCUUGGAGGUUGGUCUUAAUCUUUAACCUUAAUAUAAAAUUUAAUUUUUGAAUGCUUUUUUUUCUCUUUCCCUAAGAGAUAUGGCAUGGUUUCAUAUAAUUUAAUAUACUUUGGAGAAGUCAAGUUUUUAAAAUGCAAUUAUU